AUGGCCGGCUUUGGCAGCUUCUCCCACGCGCUCCUCGUGUCCUCCUCCGCCGGCUUGGGCUUGGCCCUCGACGCCGUCGCCUCGCCGAAGGGGUUCGCGGCGCCGCUCUGCGCGAACGGCGACGCGCCCUUGGCCGCGCCGCUCUGCGCGAACGGCGACGCGCCCUCCUUGGCGACGGGGUUCGCCGGCGCGGCCGCUCCGAAGGGUGACGCCGGCGCGGCGCCGCCCGCCGCGGGGGGCGCUCCGAAUGGUGACGCGGGCUUGGCCCCGCCGCCCGCGGGCGCUCCGAAUGGUGACGCGGGCUUGGCGGCGGCGGGGGUGGCGGCCCCGAAAGGCGACGCGGGGGAUGCGGGGGAUGCGGGGGAGGCGGGGGGCUUGGCGGAGGUGGCCGCGUCGAGCGCGGACGCGGGCAUGUCGAAGGGCGACGCGGCCGGGGGCUUGGAUCCCGAGGAUUUCUCGAACGGAUCCUCGAAGCCCUUGACCUUGCCCUUGCUCUUGCCCUCGCCGAACGUCGACGGGAGGGGCUUGGGGGACCGCUUCCGCGCCGCUGACAUCCCCGCGCGCGCGGCGGCCUCUUCGGGGGUGUCAUCCUCGCCGCCCGCGGCGCGCACCGCCGUCGAGGAGGCGCGUCGACGACGCGCGUUGAACCCGCAACCCUUGAGCGCUCUCGCACCCCGCGCGACGGAAGCGCCGUGCCUCGCUCGCGCGACCGCCGCCUGCGUCGACGAUAACGCGACGACGCUCAUUCUGUUGAUCUGUGGGGUGUUCUCCUACCCUCUCUCUCCCUGCGCUGACGAGCGAGCGCCCACACCUCCGGGCGAUCGGGUCGAGUGUCGCGCAGAGCGCCCAACCGCCUCUGACGUGAUGCAAGAUCUUUCGAGCUUUGAGAAGUUGGGCCCUGAAUGCCUGACUGACUGCCUGUGCGUAACCUGA